AUGGAAGCCGUUUGGGGUUCUGCUUCACAAGCUUUGGAGUCUAACGACGAUCCAUUCACCCGUGAAGGAGAUGACACGAAAGCUCAAGAAACCCCUACGGCCCAAUCGGUUCUUAACCACUCCAAUUCGAAUCUGAUUGUUGAGCCGUCUUCCGAGGUUGAGAAUGCAGAGCUCUGUUCUUAUUCUUCUUGUCAGGCUUCAACAACCAUGGCUAAUGGCAGAAAGAUUGUUAGGAGAAAGAAGAAGGCUUCAAGAAAUGUUUCUACCCCUGCUGCUUCUUCUUCCUCUUCUUCUCUGUCUUCCUUUCCUUCUCAACAGAGAGGGUUGCGUCUUACAUCUAAACACCGGCCUCCAAGAGUGUCCAUUGGUGGUAAUCAUCGUGGAGAGAGUGAUUUCGAUGCGUUCGCGCUUCCUCUUGGGAUGUCAAUCGCUGCGGUUGUGGCUCAGGUUCUGGACAGAGAACAUGUGACAAAAGAAAAGAUUCCUCUUGAGCAUCUCUCAGCGAUUUGUGCUUCAGCUGUUAGAGAGUCUCUAGCCAAUGCUUUCGGGGACAGGUUUGACUGUUUUGUGAGGAACUUUGAGAAAUCUUUUGGAAGCACUCUGAGGACCUUACAAGUAAUCAAUGAAGCAUCUCUAUAUAAGGGACAAGGUCCCUUGAGAGAGUCAAGUACAGAAAGUUGUGGUUCAGAAGUGGUCCUACCUAAAUCUUCCUGCAAGCAAGGACAUCCAGAAGCAGUUGCAUCUACUAUUGAAGCUUGCCGACCAUCUAACACAGUGGAAGAAAGACGAGAGAAUUUGGGAUCAGAUUCAGUAAAUCAAGAACUUGUCCUGCAUGGACAAAUGAACCAACAAUUGGCUGCUGCUUCUUCGAGUGGAUUGGAUUCUGGCUAUAAUCAUUUGAUGCUGAGCACCUUUGAGAAAUCUGUGAAGGAACAAGCUCGUUCUAAUGACCUCAAGACAUUUGAGAUUGAACUGACCAUGAAGCGGUUGCAACUGAAAGAAUCACAGCUGGCUCUCCAUUCAAAUUCUAAUUUUUUGGAGAGAUUUAAAUUAUCUAUGGGUAUUUCAAAGGCAUCAUUCAAGGCUGAGAAAUUCAAAAACCAGUUAGAAGACGCAAGACACACAGAACAGCUCAAGAAAUGUGUAGACUGUCUUGUUGCUGGGUUACUUAUAAUGUCAGCUUCGCUUUUAUAUGGGGCGUAUGUUCAUUCAUACAAACGGAUCACAGAAGCCACAGGGUCUUGUUCAUCCUCUCCCAAGGAGGCUACUUCUUGGUGGGUUCCCAAGUCAGUGGCGUCUUUCAAUUCAAGGCUAGAUAUGCUGAGAUGUCAGGUUGAAGUAUUCAGUCGGAUGCUCUUUGGUGUUAUGAUGAUGGUUGCAAUUGCUUAUUUGCUUUUCCAACGGUCAGCCACUUCAAAUCAGAUGAUGCCAGUAACAUUCAUCCUUUUGCUGUUAGGAGUUGGUUGUGGCAUUGUAGGCAAGCUUUGCAUCGACACAUUGGGAGGGAAUGGAUAUCAUUGGCUCUUAUACUGGGAGGCUCUUUGCUUGCUGCACUUACUUGCAAACAUGUGUACUUCAGCUUUGUUUUCUAUCCUGUAUGGACCUGUCCUUGUAGUCCAAGGUACCAAAGCAAGGGCAGUGCUCCCAUACUGGUUACGUCGGCUUGUGUUUUAUAUCAUUAUACUUCUGUUCUUACCAUUAUUUGGUGGUUUGUUGCCAUUUGCAAGCCUUACUGACUGGAAAGACCACUUCUUAUUGUUAAUCACUGAUAAUUUAUUCGCAUCAGCUAUAGAGACUGGCAACUGAUGUCUUAGAUUAUGGCUGAACUGUAAAGAUGUAAGACGGUGAAAGUAUUGUACGUUGAGUUAAAAUUAUUCUGUAUGUAUGGGUCUUUAUUUGCCCGACUCUUUAAACCAUGUAUGAAGGUUUUUCAUGUAUUUUAUGUUGUAUCCAAAACAUUUGGAGGAAAGAACACUCACUCUAUCUUAAA